AUGCUUGUUUCUGCAUUAGUUUAUCGUUUAGACAAGCUUUCCAAGCUUUAUGUUGAUACUUGUGAAGAAACAUUCGUAUUAGAUGCAUUUUUCCGUUUACAGAACGAAGAGUCAACGGAUCGAAGGGCAUUUGCCCUUUUAAGCCUUUUAAGAGAACACAUUGACUAUCACGGAUAUGGAGUUCUUCCUAUGGCAACAGAGUGCGGAACUGAAAUCUUUGCAUCCCCUAAUGGAGAGUCGGUAGUACGAAUUGCCAAUGUUGACGAUGAGUACCCUGAAUACAAGCUGAGUCUUCCCUCGGACUGGUCUGGAGCAUCACCACCAAAAUGGCACGAUUACGUACUGUGUGGGUGGAAAGGAAUCAUGGAGAAACUCAACUGUGAUCAAGUGGGAUUUGACCUCAUGGUUAAAGGCACAAUUCCUCCAUCAUCUGGACUUUCCAGUAGUUCUUCUCUCGUAUGUGCAGCAGCCCUUACAACAUGGAUGAUUCAUACAAAGAAGACCUUUAAUGGCUUGACGAGGCAAGAUUUGCAUGUGGAUUUUCUCGAUUAUCUCAAGGAAGAACUAGCAGACCUAUGCGCUGUUGCUGAACACUAUAUUGGGACACAAGGUGGCGGCAUGGAUCAAGCAGCGGAGAUUCUUGGUGUGGAAGGUGGUGCCAUGCGAAUUGACUUUGCACCCCUUCGAUCGAGAUUGGUCAAAUUGCCAGACGCUGCAAGAUUCAGCGUGCUUCAUUGUGGAGUUACACUGAACAAGGCUGCCACGUCGCACUACAACGAACGCGUAGUGGAAGGCCGCUUGGCAUGCAAACUUCUGCUCAAAAACGCAAAUGCAUCUACGAAAACAUCUUUGUUGCGAUUGAAGGAUGUGCAGGAAGCCCUAGGAAAAUCCCUCGAAGAAAUGGUAGCAAUGUGUGAUUGUUUACCUGUUGAAUCAACUCGUGACGAACUGGAAAGUUUGUUGACAAAAGAAAUGGUUGCUGAAUGCCUCGGCCGAAACGUGGAACUGUCAAAAUUCAAAAUACGCUCGAGAGCACGUCAUGUUUAUAGUGAAGCCCUAAGGGUUGAACAGUUUGAAGAAGCCUGCAAAGCAGGAGACUUGCAAAGGAUGGGAGAACUGAUGAACGCUAGUCAUGAAAGUUGUAGCAAGGAUUAUGAAUGCAGCUGUAAGGAAAUGGACGAGUUGAUAAAUCACUGCCGUACUGCAGGCGCCAUAGGCGCCCGUCUUACCGGAGCUGGCUGGGGUGGAUGCGCAGUAGCACUUAUCGACAAUAGAACUCCUGUAGAGUUAGGAGAAAAAGAGCUUUUUAGCACUAAGCCAUGUCGUGGAAUAACAGGAGAAUUCCUCUAA